CUGUCUUAAAUGGAGAAGAAGGUGGUGAUGGCUGAGAUCCGUAAGCAAUUGGGCCUUGGUGGGCCUUUAAUACUUGCAAAUGUGUUGAUGUUCCUUCUUCAGGUGAUAUCAGUCAUGUUUGUGGGUCAUUUAGGGGAGCUUGCUCUUUCUGGAGCUUCAAUGGCCGCCUCCUUCGGCUCUGUCACUGGCUCCAGCUUGUUGAUGGGUAUGGGAAGCGCAAUGGACACAUUAUGUGGUCAAGCAUUCGGAGCAAAGCAAUAUCAUAUGUUAGGCAUCCAUAUGCAAAGAGCAACAAUCGUCCUCACUCUCGUAAGCAUCCCCAUCGCCUUCAUAUGGGCAUUUACCGGUCAAAUACUAAUUGCAUUUCACCAAGACAAGCAAAUAUCAACUGAGGCUGGCUUAUAUGCUCGAUGGAUGAUCCCGUCUCUCUUUGCUUAUGGCUUACUCCAAUGUCAUAUAAGAUUUCUACAAUCACAGAACAUAGUUUUACCAUUGAUGAUAUGCUCAGGGAUCACAACUGUACUUCAUAUUUUGUUUUGUUGGGCUCUUGUAUUGAAAUCUACCCUCGGUGUUAGAGGUGCAGCUAUAGCGCUAUCUAUGUCAUAUUGGGUCAAUGUCUUGUUAUUGGCACUUUAUAUCAAAUUCUCCCCAGCAUGUAAAAGAACUUGGACUGGAUUUUCUAGAGAAGCUUUGAAGGAUAUUCCCAAAUUCCUUAAGCUUAGUAUUCCUUCAGCUGCAAUGAUUUGUUUGGAAUUCUGGUCAUUUGAGAUGCUUGUGCUUCUUUCUGGUCUUCUUAAAAAUCCGAAGCUAGAAACAUCAGUUAUGUCAAUAAGCCUCAACACCUCAUCAAUAGUAUUCAUGAUCACCAUAGGUCUUGGUGCGGCAAUAAGUACUCGUGUUUCAAAUGAACUCGGCGCUGGAAAUCCACAAGCUGCUCGUUUUGCAAUUCAUGUUACGGUAUCUAUAACCAUUGUUGAAGGUUUGAUUAUGGGAUCGAUUCUUAUACUUAUAAGAAACAUCUGGGGACAUGCGUAUAGCAGCGAGAGGGAAGUUGUUACGCAUGUUGCAGAGAUGAUGCCUUUCCUUGCUCUUUCUCAUUUGGUAGAUGGAAUUCAAUGUGUACUUUCAGGCACUGCAAGAGGGUGUGGGUGGCAAAAAUUUGGCGCUUUCAUUAAUCUUGGAUCCUACUAUAUUAUUGGCAUACCGUGUUCUGUGAUCUUAGCUUUUGUGGCUCAUCUCGGAACAAAGGGUCUUUGGAUAGGAAUCAUUUGCGCGCUUUUCCUUCAGGAUGUGCUGUAUGUAAUUAUUACAGUAUGCACCGAUUGGGAGGCAGAAGUUAAGAAGGCAAGAGAUCGAGUUUAUGACUCUGGUGCUCCACAUGACUCUACCAUUUCCCUAGGAACAACAGCAUAAAAGAAAACUUGUUUACAUUCCCUUUUUGUGGAUAAAGUUCUAUAUAUAGUAUGCAUGGGUCGUUUU